UUCCACUUCCUGGAAUGGCACUGAAUAAGUAUUUAUACAAUAAAUGAAUUCUGAUGAGUCUGUGUAAGCCUUUUCUCUGUAUGAACCUUUGUCUGUCUGCACAGUGUCUGCUGAGUAUGGUUGUUCCGGUUGGGUACUGUACAGGACAUCUAGUCAAGUCCGGAAGGGAGGCCUGAAAUCCAGCUCACGUUCUCAUCACCCAGCCAUUUUUUUUUUGUUUGUUUUUUUUUUUGCUGCCCAUAUCCACCUGGAGGAAGACGUGCCUUUUUUCUGAUUUGCACAAGGGCACCAUACAAGCUUUCAGCAACGCAGCUCUGAACAACACUUCAUGUCUUCAAAAGGAAGGUUUGGGAUGACAACUCCAGCGACAGUAGGAGGAAAAAUCUUUCUGAUCUUUUAUGGCCUCAUUGGGUGUGCAAGCACCAUCUUGUUCUUCAACCUCUUCCUGGAGCGCCUGAUCACCGUCAUCGCCUACAUCAUGAAGUCGUGCCACCAGCGGCAGCUCCAGAGACAGGGGGCCCUGCCCCAGGAGAGCCUGAAGAACCCGGGCAGGUGCGAGGUGGAUAGCCUGGCCGGCUGGAAGCCCUCCGUGUACUACGUGAUGCUGAUCCUCUGCGUGGCCUCCUUGCUCAUCUCCUGCUGUGCCUCGGCCAUGUACACCUCCAUCGAAGGGUGGAGCUACUUCGACUCGCUCUACUUCUGCUUUGUGGCUUUCAGCACCAUUGGCUUCGGGGACCUUGUCAGCAGCCAGAACGCCCAGUAUGAGAGCCAAGGUCUCUACCGCUUCGCCAACUUCAUGUUCAUCCUCAUGGGCGUCUGCUGCAUCUACUCCUUGUUCAAUGUCAUCUCUAUCCUCAUCAAACAGUCCGUGAACUGGAUCCUGAGGAAAAUGGAGGGGGGGUGCUGCCUACAAUGCCAGAGGAGACUCCUGCGGUCACGGAGGAACGUGAUCAUGCCGGGCAAUGUCCAGAACCAGUGUAACAUCUCCAUAGACACGGACAGGGUGAUGGACAGCGACACAGAUGGGCGGCGGCUCUCGGGGGAGAUGAUCUCCAUGAAGGACUUCUUGGCCACCAACAAGGUCUCCCUGGCCAUCCUCCAGAAGCAGCUGUCGGAGACGGCCAACGGCUGCCCGCCCCAGGCCAGCGGGCCGUCCCAAGACAAUGAGUUCUCAGACGGGGUGGGGGCCUUCGCGAUCAUGAACAACAGGCUGGCGGAGACCAGUGGGGACAGGUAGGAGCGAGGAGCAGACGCUGGGCGUGGAGACCAGGAGAUGGACCACGAGGGCCCGGGUUGACUGUGGAGCUGUCCCGUCACCCUCUGCAGGCCCAGCCUUAGAAAGCUCUUCUCCUCUAAGGUCCAAAUCAGUCCUAAGAAUGAGUCACAAAAUCAGCCCAAGACAUUGGCACUAUUUCUUGACCCAUCUUCCUCCAGGGUUUUAACUGCCUAAGGGAGGGAGGGCUUGAGUAGGCCUCCAUUUCCUGCUGCUCUGUUCUUCAUUUGGAAAUAAAAAUCCCAAACGAAGAUCCUCUUGUUUCCCCUGGAGCCCUAAUUCUGUGAAUCCAGUUUCACUGCCCAUCCCAGCCCCUUCAAACAAGCGGGGGGAAUGUUUCACGCUGCAUCUGGGCCCUGGGCUUCCUUCAGAACGGAUGUGUCCCUAAUGCCACAGAGAGGGAAGUCACCUGUUUUACUCUCUGUGUCUGCUUCUCUGCUUUUUGUUUCUCCUUUCUUUAAUUUUUAAGAUCCUCAUGCCAGGCUAAGGCGUCUAUGGGACCUCCGUGUGGUAAGGAAGCUAAAGUCAGCUUCAGGCCUUGAAAUUGCUGCCAAGUAGUGGAGAGACUCACUUUUGUAAUGAAAGAAUAUAGCGUAACGUUCUCCCUCCGAAUGGUCACAGAGACCAUGUCAUUUUUUUUUUUUUUAACCAGGGCUUGGGGCCCAUUGCAGAGAUAAUGGCUGACUAUUUACUAGAACUGAAAAUUGAAUAAAUCCUCACUUUAUUAACUAA